AUGCUCACGAAGAUACUGUGCACUGGGCCCAUUGUUUUGACUACAUAGCACAGGUAAGUCCAUCGUAAAUGCGGUCACGUAUCCCCCCGUCUUCUGACAACAGGAAGGCGAUUACCUGCGCGGCAGACGAUACUAUCGAACCACCCCAUUCGGUGGUGGACAGCAAGGGAAAUCGAGUCUUGAUUAUCGACGGAAUGGACCAUACGCAUCAGUGUAAGGACUCAGAGCUGCUAUGGAAGGCUGUUCGAGAGAGUGAGGCCCAGUCUGUUGAUUUGGCUCUGGUGAAGGAUACAAUUAGCCAUAGUGAUUUCGUGCACUUCAUGGACAAGGAUCACUAAGUAUAGAUGAAGAUAUGGUUGUGUAAUGAGCUGUACUGAGUUGAAUGCAGCGUUCAGUUUC